CCAAUAUAUAAGUAAUACUGAAUUUUCUAUCCUACGUGAAUUGUGCUGGAGCUGUGAUGUGACAUUGAUUUGAAGUUCAUUUUUUGCUGCCUGAAAAUUUGACACAGAAAACCCGUUUAAGUUUAAAUCUCGAGUGCAUCGCCGAAUGUAAUUAUUUGUUUAGCAAAAAAAUUAGCAUAAUUCAUAGAAAAUAGCUGAUAGAAUGACGGAACCACGACAUGACUUGCUUUCACCCAUCGCCAAUCAUGCCUCAUCAUACUCAGGUGAUGGCUCAGACGUGUUCCCUGACACGUCAUCACAAUACAGGGCGAAGAUGGAGGACAACAUCCCGCCAGACUGGGCGCUAUCCUUCACCGUCAUCGCUGCCAUCAUCAUUGCCAUCGUUGGCUUCCUCGGUAACCUGCUGACGAUGGUGGCCUUACCUUUCUCGCACAAAAUUCGUAACGCGUCCACGUGGUUCGUAGUUAACCUGGCAGCAACAGAGUGUCUUUUCUGCAUCACCAUCCUGCCGAUGGUGGCCGCACAUCUGUUGCGUCUCAGGGAUGAAGGCGAACCUUUAUUUUCUGAUGACGGCUGCAGGGCAUUUGUUUUCUUGAGAUACGUGAAUGUGCAAGCAGAGCUUCUCUCCAUCGCUGGCGUGGCACUUAACAGAUGCAUCCUCAUCGUAGUGCCGUAUCGUUACAAGAAGAUCUUCAGUCCACGCAACACGAUUAUUUGUAUCGUGGCGAUAUGGGUCGUGUCUAUCGUCAUCAUGCUGCUGCCUUUAUUUGAGUUGUAUGGGCGGUUUGCCUACAACGUGGACACGCACGAGUGCGACUUCGGGGAUGACACGCACGUGGGCAAGGGACCUCGUCGGGUGUACCUCGCGAUAGGGUUCCUUACACCCGCCCUCAUCAUCGUGCUCUCCUACAUCUUCAUCUUCUAUAAGGCGCGCUCCAGCCUGACCAAGUUCCGCCGUCACGCCGCGGUCGCUGCAGACGCUGACUCAGCAACGACUUCACUGCCAAAAGACCGGCCGGCAGCAGGAUUGCGGGCGCGCGACAUACGCAUCGCUCUCACGAUCCUCGUGAUCUUCAUCGUCUUCCUGGUCUGCUGCAUGCCGGUCUCUGUCAUGCAUUACUACGAUGACACAGGUAUGUACGCAACAACUCUACUGCUACUGCACCCACUGUACUGGCUGCAGUACUGCCUCAACAUAUUCAUCUACGUGUUCAUGAACAAGCAGUACAGAGACGCCUACAUUCAGUACAUUUCCAGCUGGUGGCCGCGGUUCCAAGAAAUGUCAAGAGAGCGCUUCUUAUGGGUGGAAGAUGACCCAAGCAGUGACAGCAAACGUGGGUCAAAACCCAGCACUCCCAACGCUCCCUUUCGAAAACCCAGCACUCCUAGUGUACCUUUUCGAAAAGCCAGCACCCCAAGCUCCCCCUUUCGAAAAGCCAGCACUCCUAGCUCCCCCUUUCGAAAAGCCAGCACCCCGAACACCCCCGCUCGAAAGCCUCUCAGAGAUGAGGCCAAGUGAGAGAAAAUCAACAAUGAUAAUAACGGCUACGAGACAAAAACAUUGAAAUGAGCUGAUGGAAUUAUGGAAUGCGACUUAAGCUACUCUGAACAUUUUUUAUCAAACUGUGUGCUAAUCUGCUAUUAAAACUAUAUUGAGCAAUGUGAUAAAAACGGCGGGGGAAAAUUGAGAUUAGAAUAUUAUGAAAAUUUUGAAUCCAGUAAAUUUUGAUGCAAUUUGAA